AUGCUCAAGAGAGAUCAGUGUUGGCGCUGUGAUACUAUAUGUUCGACACCGACUACCAAGAUCUACUGUAACAGAUGCGGUGUAGCAUAUUAUUGUACCAGGAAGUGCAAAGGUAGCGAUGAGUUUCGUCAUCAAGUAGAUUGUCAGACGGCUUGUUUGAAGAGGAAGUGUUCUGGAUGUGACCAGGAGAAGACUGCAUUGAAAUCGUGUAGCGGCUGUCGUAAAGCGUGGUACUGUGAUAAGGAAUGUCAGAAGAAAUCUUGGCCGACGCACAAGCUUUCCUGCAAACAGGUUAUAGCAAAGAUCUCUGAAUUGUCUAAGAAGUUGGAAACUUUAAGUAACACUACGUUUCCUGGGUUAGGAUGUGUGUAUUACUGGGGAAACACCCCGGCUACAGACGUCAUCAAUCUUCCCUUGAACGAAGGCUGUUGCUAUUCCAAACCUUUGUCGGUUCUUGCCUGCGGAGUUGGCGAUCCAAGAAAUGUUUUGCUGUCGUUGUGUAACCUUCCGGAAACUUACGAAGAGGAGUUGACCUUCGUUUUAAACGACAUUUGUGCCUGUACUCUCGCUAGGACUGUUCUAAUACUUUAUAUCCUUUUUAAGGGUAAGUGUUGUCCUUCAAGAUAUCUCUGUCAGUAACUUCAAGCUAAAUUGCUAUGCCCGGUUUCUUUUAAUCUGUUUAUUACAUUUGCGUUGAAUUCUUAGCGUUACGCGGCAUGCAAUUCGGUUGCGUCAAAGACUGGGUUUCUUACCCUAAACUACAGCUACCACAUAACCAAAGUGAAUUAAAGGUCUUGAUUUCAUUGAUUUACUGAGCUGAUUUAUGACGGCCAAUCUAUUUGGUUCUAUUUCACUUUGAUUUUGUAUUUUUGCUUACUUCACAGGAGGAGAAGACGUGGCAAGUUCAGUGACACAGAUUUGGUAUUCCUUGCGGCUCAACGAUAAGGACUAUUGCCUUGUGAUCUCCAUGUUGCAAGAAUUGAUCGAGGCAUCAAAUCUUGACGAACUGACAAAAGGAACAAUGCAGAUGAACCGGGGGCAGUUUCAAAAACUCCUUGAGGUGUGGCGCACCUGGCUUAAUCUCAGUUCACGCGAAGGAGACUGGAUAACAGAGGCUCGGAACAGGGGAUUUACGAACUUUGAUGAUAGAGAGGGAAUGGAACUUUAUGUAGAAGAACUUCCUAAGGAACAUAAAGCAUCGGCAUCUGAUUGGUUUGCCAACGGGAUUCUUCUGCCUGAAAAAUCACGAAAGAAGCUUUCUCGAGAAAAUUUUACACUCACGGGUUCCGACUUCCAAGUAAACCACAACAAGGGCGCUUUCUCUUACAAAAUUCAGUCAUCCAUUCUUCCAUUUGCAGGCUGGGACUACAAUGAAGUACGCCAGUGGAGUCACUCACCGUCACUGUUGAAAAUGUAUAGCGAGUAUGUGAAUCACGUGCUUAAACAAUCCGCUUUAAAGCUUGUCACCGGGCGAGUCAAGUUUCACUUUCUGUUGUGCAACUGCAUGGAGAUUGCAAGGUUUGUUCCCCCAGACCACAAGUAUGACCGUGUCACAACCUCCAACAUUGCAGAUUAUGUUCCCCUGCCCAGCAUCCUGGAUACCUACAGGCCACUCUUAAACUUAUGUAAUCCCUUCUCGGUCAUUAUUACAGAGUUUUUAAAUUGGCCAAGGUACGUAAAUGUUAAGGAGGAGCUGAUGGUACGUGCCUUUUUCAUGCCGAAAGAUGACAGCUUUCGCCAAAAAAUUUUUGAAGAUACCAAAAAUUCCGCCAUUGCAUAUUCAGAAGCUUAUCAGUCUUUUGUAGAGUAUCAUGACCACAGUGACCAGUUCAUCCAAUUCCUCCGUGCGGCCUUGCUGGUCUCUAAGUUCCCUCAUGAACGUAAUUGCAGGCGCAUAUGGAAGUCAGUGGCUGACUACAACGGGCUAGUUGCACGUGAUUUCCUUCGAUGCCAAAAUCGAGUCUUUCCCGCCAAGUGGAUGUUGAACUGCCGCCGAGUUUCAUUGCUCAAUGGGUUUGAAAGAGCUGUCGAAUGGAUUAUUUAUCAAUCAUAA